GUGGGGCUUAAUUCAGUUUGCUGACAGACGCUUUAUUUCUCCCGAUGCUUCUUUGUGCAGCUGAAGAAGUUGAACCUCUUGCAGCUGCGGAACUUUAACCGAUUGUACAACUUCGAAGCGCAAACACAGACACACACACUCACACGGCGCCCACGUCCCUCCCAUUGCGCCGGCGGCUCAGUGACUAGUCUCAGACAAGUGGAAACCGAUGGAGGAGCACGCUGCCAAAGUGUGAGAUUUACACAGAGAAGCAGCUGCAAAGAUUCAACUGGAUGGGAACGGAGGACCUUCUGAAGACGGUUUCUUGACUUUGAAUUUGGGGGAUGGCUUCACUGUGCAAUGAAUCUGAGGGUUGAAAGAGAGAGAGAAAGAAAUAAAGAGCCUGUGAAGGAACUCAGAUAACAUUUCAAGGAAGAGUAGGAGUUUUGCUUCCACACUCGGGGAGCGCCUGGAUGGUCAGUGACUGGAAUUCACACACACAACAAAGAUCCAGGCUUCACAGCGAGGAGUGGGAACCUGCCGGGAAUUACUGGCUCACUGUUGGGAACAGGAGUCGGAGAGGAUUGAAUGCCAGCGAUAAAGAUGAUGGGAAUCGAGCUGGGAAAGGACGAGUCUUGGAGAUCGCAAUGAACAGAGCGCUCUGAGCAAGCAGAUCUUUAACAUUAGAUCUUUAAGUCUCAAUGCUACAAGAGUUUCUGAGUCACAACAUAGCUUUUCUCCGAAAAGAUCCAAGUGUUUUUUUUGUUAUUUCGGGGAAGAAGUAGGAGACCGGGGCGGGUUGCAGGGGUAGGUGGCCGGGAGAUAGAAGCCUCUGGCAGCAUGUCCAAUCCGGCUGACUCCAGGGAUCUGAUGCAUGAUGUCUACAUCGGGAUUGAGGUGCUUAUCGCGGUGGCCUCAGUCCUGGGCAAUGUGCUGGUCUGCUGGGCAGUCAAGAUCAACCGGGCUCUUAGGGACACCACCUUCUGUUUCGUCGUCUCCCUGGCCCUGGCUGACAUCGCCGUGGGGGCUUUGGCGAUUCCGAUGGCCAUCACCGUCAGCUUGGGUUUAAUGACCCAUUUCUACAGCUGUCUCUUUAUAAUCUGCAUCCUGAUAACGUUGACGCAGAACUCCAUUCUAUGUCUACUGGCUAUUGCUGUCGACCGUUACCUUCGAGCCAGGAUCCCGACCAGGUAUAGGAUUAUUGUUACACAAAAGAGAGCUUGGAUUGCUGUUGGAAUUUGCUGGCUUGUAUCUAUUUUGACUGGGCUAACUCCAAUGUUUGGCUGGCACAACAGAAGCAAUGGUGAGGCGCAAAACAAGGAGAUGAAUUCCAGCUACAAACACAUCAAAUGCAAUUUUACAAAGGUGAUCAGAAUGGACUACAUGGUGUAUUUUAAUUUCUUUGGGUUUGUGCUCUUGCCUCUGGUCAUCAUGUUUGGCCUCUACACUGAAAUAUUUUGUAUAAUUAGGAAGCAACUGAACAAGGUAAUCAAUGCUACGGACUCAAGAAAAUAUUUUGGGAAGGAGCUCAAACUCGCAAAAUCCCUAGCUUUGGUUUUAUUCCUGUUUUCUGCCUGCUGGAUGCCUUUGCAUAUUAUGAAUGUUAUUUUUUAUUUUUGCCCCCAUAAGGUCCCAAAAACUGCUUUGCUUAUUGGAAUACUUUUGUCCCAUGCAAAUUCAGCUGUGAAUCCAGUGAUAUAUGCUUUCAGGAUAAAGAAAUUCAGGACAUCAUUUCUUCAGAUUUAUAAUAAAUAUGUUUUAUGUAAAAAAGACAAUUCAAAUAUGUAUAGUUUUGAAGGCCAAAUAGUAACUGAAAACAAUUUUAAUAGCAGUGUUUGAUUAUAAUUUUGAGGACAAAACUUGCAUAUUUUGAAUAUAAUGCAAGAAAAGUCGCAAUAGAGUUCCAUCACUAAGCCCUAUCCUAACCACACUAGAUAUUACACUGCAAAAUGUAAGAAAAAUUGGGAACUUUUAUAUGGUGAAUUAUAGUAAUUUUCUGUAUGUACAUGUUGAAGAAGGGAUUUCAUCACAAAGUACCUUGGACAACAAUGUACAGAAAAUAUUCUGUUUUGCUGUAUCAUUGAUUAUGAGAACAUACAUGUUUUAUUUAUUGACUAGCCGAUUCACGUUUCAUCUCUUUACCGACUAUUCUCUGGAGAGUGCAAUCAUUUUAAACUUUUUUUGAAAAAUGUAUAAUUGAAGUUGGACUGUGAUCGUUCUUCUAAUUGACUAAUGUUGUAAAUUGUUUCGAUAUGUAGCAAAAAGAAAAUCAUUGGCAGUUUCUCUAAGGAAAAUGAGAAACAUAUGAUUGGAAUCUUUAUUCACAUUCACAUUCAUUGCCUUAGCUUCACUUUUCUGCCUCAAUACCUUUCAACAAGAACUGUAAUGGGACAUAAAUUUCUCCCUAACUGUGGUCACUGAUAGCCUGUGAUGUAGCUAAUAUGAGAUACACCUCCAUUAUGGUAGGCGUGGUUCACUUAGCUUCUUCCAUAUUCUGAAGUUGUCACACAUUUUGCUUGACCAAAGGGCCCUUAAAUGUGUCCAUUGAAACUUGUUCCUCAUGUACUUGAAGAUCAGGGUUUUAUUGAGACCAUACUAUGAUCAAUUUAUAAGUGUGACAAGUGCCUAUAACCUCUAUGCAUAAAGAUGUUCAAAUCGUACUCAACUUGCUUUCUAGAGCAGAGUUUCUAAAUCAUCUCUGUGAUCAGUAAGAGAAAUACAUUGAACAAGUGAAGAGGGCACUCAGUAGAGUGGUUAACAUUAUUACAUUUAUGCCACUCUUGAGGCUUUUUGUCAAUCCUCUGUAUCUGCAAAGUUGAAAAAACAAGUCUUUUUAUUAAGAGCUUCCGUCUCACUGAGAAGGCUUCAGGCCAAUCCAUAUCCAAUAACCUGCUCUGAAAAUUUGCUCAGAUUUUGACAGCUGUGACAACUCCGCCACAGCAGCUAAGACAAUCCACAGCAUUCUAAAACAAUCAAUAGCAUUCUAAAUAAAGCAACCCACAAUAUUCUGAAAGAAAAAGAUAAUUUUCCCUAUCUCCCAAUGUUAAUGGAUGGAUCCUUUAAAAAAAUUCCAGGAUCCAGGUCAACAAACACAUCACCAAAAGCUAAUCAAUUCAUUCCUGGGCAAUAGCCUAUCAGUGUACCAAGUUUUGUUGAAACACACUCGUUAGUUUUUGAGAGAUUUGCUUACAGACAAACAGACUAACAGGGGCAAAAACAUUACUUCUGUCCAUUUUUAGUGAUGGAGGUAAUUCAGGUACAGCUUUCAUUUUUAACCAGCUUCAUAUUGAAAUAUGUUAAUUGUUCAAUGUAAUGCUCUUUAUUUCUAAAGCAUAUUCUUUAAGAUUGUUUAUUUUUAUUGCUCUAUUUACUUUCUGACAUUAAGCCACCUGAAAUCAGAAUAAAUAAACAGAUCAAUAACCUG